AUGAAGACAGAAACAGUUAUCACAAACAAUAUUCCACAUUCCCAAUUACAAAUCUCUUUAGCGCGUAUCGAGGCUGCUCAACAAUUACUUUGUUUUGAUGAUGAAAACGCAUUUCCACAAGAAUCAAAGCUUGCUGAGUAUAUCAUCACUAGUCUCCCAACUCAUAUCCACGUCAUUUUGGACACAACAAAAUUGACAGAUGUGGAAAUCCGAAUGAUCAAAGAUCGAUUGACCAUUAUCAACACCUAUUUGACUGUAUUCCGUCCUAAUACACAAGUCAUGUACUCCAUAUACGAUGUCGCUGAUGAUUCUUAUAAUGAGAACAAAAAGUUCGACUUUUUGGAGGGACAACUAACUAACAAGAAAGAAAGUAAAUCCGGCUAUGUAGCGACUUUUAUCAGUAGUAUUUUCGAGCCAAAGAAACCGACUAUUUUGUCAUUCCCAAAUAAUACUGAAAUGGUCAUUCACUUCGCCUCAAAUUACCAAGUCAACAGAGAGAUGACACAAAGCCUUGGUAACUUCACAAGCGGAAUUAAAUACUUUUUGUUCAAUAAACACAAACAACAAAUGACAUCUUCCAUUGUAACUAUCCCGUAUACGUCUUGCUCAUAUUUGCGUAACGCUUUAACACCGUUUUUGAAUUCCAGAGCGGCUUUUAUGGAGGAUUCAAAACUCGCAAACAUGACUGGGGUGUUGUUCACACCCGUUCCAGGGACGUUUGAAAAUGUUAGAGACUUCAGAACACGUGUAGAUACAUUCCAGAAAGAGGGUGUCACUCUUAAAAUUGGUUCAUUGCUACACAGUGGGCAUAAGUUCAAAGUGUGGAAAGCCGAAAUGGAGAGAGUUGUAUUAGGCGAGAAGGGAGACGAGAGACACGAAGUCAGAAGUGUUGUUGUGAAGAUGUUUAAGAGACCAGA